AUGGCGUCGCAAAAAGAGCUUGUCGCCAAGCUGGUCAUGGUCGACCCUGGUCUACCGCGGCCCAAUCCAACCCAAUCAUAUUGGCAACACGUCCCCCAUACCCUCGCCAAUACGCAAUCAGCCAGUUUGCCCACAGAUAGAGACUUUGCCGUUAUCGGAUCAGGAAUCACGGGUCUCUCUGUGGCCAAGACUCUAUUAGAACGUCACCCGUCUGCGACUGUCACUAUCUUGGAAGCUCGCACGCUCUGCUCUGGCGCGACGGGUCGCAAUGGUGGCCAGAUGGCCCCAAAUGCGGGAGAAGAAUAUAUGCAUUUGGCCGAGACUCACGGGUCUGAGAUGGCAGGCAAUAUUGCCAAAUUUACAUUUCGAAACUUGGAAAAAAUGCAGGAGUUGAUUAAGGAGUACGAUGCCAUAGAGACAAGCGAGAUGCAGCUUCUCAAGAAGCUGCGAGUCUUCUUGACCGACGACGCGUUCAAUGAUUUUAAGAAAAGUAUUGAGCGUCUGAAAGCAGAGCAUCCUUCCUUGGGCGAGUUAUACACAAUUCUCGACAGGGAAAGCGUGUUGAAGGACCAUGGAAUUCAUGGAGCAUCUGGAGGUGCUCUUGUCCCGGCUGGCACGGUGUGGCCAUACCGACUGGUCACCAAAGUGUUCGCAGCUCUCAUGAAGAAGUACCCUGAUCGACUGACCAUUGAGACAAACACGCCGGUCGAGUCAGUCGAAUAUAGCGAAAGUUUUGCGACUCCGGUCACCUCUGUGUUUCCUUACGUUAUCCAAACAUCCCGCGGGCCGUUGCGAGCAGGAAAUGUGGUUUACUGCACCAAUGGACACACUGGACAUCUUCUCCCUAAGUUGCGAGGAUGCGUCCACCCUUUCAAGGGCACCAUGACUGUGCAAGAUCCUGAUGCCACCGUGCCAAAUCGAGGAGCAUCUACAUCCUGGGGCUUUCACUACCCGGAAAGAUACGAUCCCAAGACUGAGAUCUGUGGCUACGGGCUGUAUUACCUAGGCCAGAAUGUCAAAUCAGGAUACUUUUACUUUGGAGGUGAAGAAGCCCGAAUGGACGAGACUAUAUCUGCCGACGAUAGUUUUGUAGGGGAUUAUUCGGUCACUCAUCUACAGUCUGUGCUACCGCAGUUCUUUGGCAAGACUGCCGCAGCGCCAUGGAAGUUGGUCAGCUCCUGGAGUGGAAUCAUGGGCUUCUCGUCCGACGGAUUGCCUUUGGUCGGGCGUCUGCCAUUGUCACUGACUGGUCGAAAAGGCACAGGAGAAUGGAUUGCUGCAGCUUUUAAUGGCUACGGUAUGGCCAAUUGCCUGAUGAGUGGCGAGGCGCUUGCCUUGACGAUCUUGGGGGAAGAUGUGAGCGACUGGCUUCCGGAGGCUUAUGGACUUGGCGAGAAGAGAUUGCGAGGGACUCUGACGCCUCCCGAGGCAGUCAAGGCAUUAACCGCGAAACUCUGA